ACGUGGCCUUUUAUAUGUUUUAGCUGCGAGGGCAAAGGGAACUUUUUUGCAUUGUGGACCGAGCCACGUGUUUUUCACCCCGGGAUCAGGACAAUGGGACACACCCCUCCUGGUCCGUUUCCUGUUUCCCGACCGGUCUCUUCAAUCACUUCCGCUGCCGUUGCUGCGACACGGGACGUCAACAGCAAUGGCGGACAAAGAGAAACGCCGGUCCGGGGUGCCUCCUCCUCCUCCUCCUCCCGGGAUGCCCGAGGGCAACGCCACCAGGUCGGACAGCGACAGGGAGUUUCUGUCGCAGGCGGGGCUGGGGGAGCUGCUGCGCGGGGCCAUCCUGAAGAUGGUCGAGGCCCGGUCGGACGACCCCAUCGGGUUCCUGGCGGACCACUUCUGCAACCUCGCCGCCACGACGGAGAGGGGCACGGCCGGAUGCGGCGACGCGGACCAGCAGCUGAGCAACGGCCCGCCGAGCGCCAGCGCCCAGGAGCAGCAGCAUCUCAACCGGGCGCUGUGGCACCUGCGGCUGGCGCACCACUCCCAGAGAUCUGCCUUCAGCAACAACGUCUGUGUGGCCUACGACCUCCUGAACCUCACUGGGCCCCAUAGACAUCCAGGUGAGGCUCCUGAAGGCCCCGACGGCUCCUGCACUGAGAGCCCAACAGGAGGAGGAGGAGGAGGGGUGAGAGGAGGCCUCUACACACAGACUCUGGAGUGUCUAUGCAGUGAAGGUGGGGUCCCUGCGUCCACGUUCGCGCCACUCCUCCGACGCCUCCACUGCCAAGACCACGAAGCGGUCCCUUACGAAGUCUUCCGUCACGGCGUGCUCACGUGUGCUGUGUUCUCAGACUACAUCCGGCAGGCCCAGAGGCUCUACGCCGAGGUGUGCUGCCCGGACGACGGGCCCGCCUCGCGGGCGCUGAGCCUGGCCGUGCUGGGGACCCUGAAAGAAGCUCUGGAGACGUCCCAGGGCUGCGAAGCGAACUGCUGCGUCAAUGCAAACACCAAAGGAAACUCCUGCCUGGAGGCAAAGGCGAUCUGCUACCUGAAGGCCAGCUCCAAGAUCUCUCCCUGGAAGCUCGCCCAGGCCAUGUCCGGAGCACAGGCGCGGGGUCCGGGUGGCAACAUGGACGCAAAGGAGUUUGAGAAUGCAGCCGCUGAGCUUUUUAUCACUCGAGUUAAAGUCGUGUCCUAGGUUUGUUCUCCGUGUUCUCAUGAUUUAUGAAUGUACAGCCAUCUACAGUAUACGAUAGAGUAAAUAAUCACCCUUGCCGCCUAAAUGGCAGAUUGUCUACAUAAGACCCACAGAUAUAACCUCCUCUGCCACUGUCUGGUGGAAAACACUUAAGAUAAUCCACAUUGUUUUGUGUCUGUUCUUGAGCUUACUAAUGUCAACGGCGUCUGCAGGCAGCCACUGUGCCGUGUGAAGGACACAGAGUUCCUUGGAUAGACCAAAUAUAUUGAAAUCAGUAUUUGUCCUGACAGUUUCCAUUGUCGUUCAGUCUUUUCCAUGAAAUGCUCAGUUCAGAAAAUAACACUGCGACGCUACAUCUACUGCAAUUCAAUACAACAGCCCUGUAAUAUAUCAUCACUAUUUAGAUUUUUAUUAACUCAUCAUUUUAUUGUUUUUGUUGAGCAAAGUGAUGUUGAUUAAAAAGGCUGUAGAUUGGGAUGUUGAUGUACAUAGAAGCAUUUCUAAUGUUUUGUUUUACAAAGAGACUUACUAUAGACUUUACUAUACUAAAUUAUGUUGCCAAAUAAAGGCACUUAUUAUAGUGUAGAUAAAGAUUGUACAUGCACAAAUAAGGAUAAUCUUCAUCAAAAAUGAUAUAUUGUUAUAGAUAAAAACUACAGAGUAUAGUAAAUAAUUUAACUUACACCAUUCACAAAAUUAAAAUGUUGCUGUUUCGGUCCCACUUCCAAUACAUUUAUCAAUCAAUACAUUUCAAUCUUAUCUUCUGUCUUAUACUGUACUGAUUUUGAUUAUAUCACUGCACUACUUUUUUUUAUUUUUAUCGAACCUUGUGUUGCUUUUUCCCCUCACCGUGAUUGUAAUGCACUUUGGCUCAAAUCCUGCUGUUUUGAAUGUGCUAAAAGAAAUCUGACUUGAAUAGACUACAACAAUAAAUAUAUAACACAGACA